CAAUUCAGUUUUUAUAUUACCAAUAGCAAAACGGAAGUACUAUCAUUAGUUUAGGUCUUUUCCGGUUUCCUUCUAAUCAUGCCUCCACCAAAAUCAAAGAAGGGCAAGAAGAAGGUGGCAUCUGCACCUUUGGUUGCCAAGAAAGUAGAGCCCAAAAAGGUUGUAAAUCCCUUGUUUGAAAAAAGGCCAAAGAAUUUUGGUAUUGGUCAGGAUAUUCAACCAAAACGAGAUCUAAGCCGCUUUGUAAAAUGGCCAAAAUAUAUUCGUCUUCAAAGACAAAGAGCGAUUUUGUAUCAGCGUCUCAAAGUGCCCCCUCCUAUCAACCAGUUCACCCAGGCUCUUGAUAGGCAAACAGCAACUCAACUGUUUCGCUUGAUGGAUAAAUACAGGCCAGAGCUUAAGAAGCAAAAAGAAGCUCGUCUUCAAGGUAGAGCUGAAGACAGAGUAGCUGGCAAAGCUGAUGUUCCCACCAAACGGCCACCUGUUGUGAGGUCAGGAAUCAACACAGUAACAGCUCUGGUUGAAUCCAAAAAAGCUCAGUUGGUUGUCAUCGCACAUGAUGUUGAUCCCAUUGAGAUUGUAUUGUUUCUUCCUGCUUUGUGCCGUAAGAUGGGUGUACCAUAUUGCAUUGUAAAGGGCAAAGCAAGAUUGGGCCAGGUUGUCCACAGAAAAACUGCAGCUUGUUUGGCUUUCUCUCAAGUGCACCCUGAGGAUAGACCAUUACUUAACAAGUUGAUUGAAGCUGUAAAGACCAACUUCAAUGACAGACAUGAUGAGAUCCGAAGACAUUGGGGUGGUGGUGUUAUGGGUUCCAAAUCUCAAGCUAGAGUGGCCAAGUUGGAAAAGGCAAAGGCUAAAGAAAUUGCACAGAGAGUUGGAUAAAUAAGUGGUGGAAACUGACAAGACAUUAAACAAUGGAUUCUAAUUUA